AUGUCCGGAAAUACAGAGGCACAGGGGCAAGAGCCCCGGGCCAAGAUUGGCAUCAUCUCGAUGGGCGACAUGGGCAGCGCUCUUGCCAGCCUUCUCAUCGCGAAUGGCUACGCCGUUGCUACAAACUGCACGGGAAGAAGCCAAGACACCAUUGACCGUGCCAUCACCGUCGGCGCUGAGCUGCUCUCCACAGAUGAAGCCCUCAUCACCCAAUGCGACGUGAUCCUCUCUAUCGUUCCGCCCGCUCAAGCCGCUGCCACAGCUGAACGCAUCAUCACCGCUUUCAAGCGUGUUUCGUCCGGGCCCAACCCUCGGUGCACCCCGCUCUACUUCGCCGACAUGAACGCCAUCUCGCCUUCCACCGUCAAAUCCAUUGCCGCCCAGUUCACCACCGCCGGCCUCGACCCUGACCGCGACGUUCGCUUUGUAGACGGCUGUAUCCUCGGCGUCACUCCCUCUCGGAAACAGCAGACCAGCAGCACCACCGCCCUAGGCCCUUCGUCAACCGGCCCGGCGGCUCCCAUCCCCGCCGCAUCAACCUCAACCAAACCCGUCGCCUCCUUCCCUCAAGAAGACAUCCUCCAUGACCCUACCACCGGCUGGUCCUACCCUCUCCUCCCCACUUCGGGUCCCUGGUCCUUCACUGACGAGACCACCUUUCCCUACCCCUACGGCAACCACUUUGCUUCGACUCUGCACAUCGAACACAUGCUCUCCGACCCUGACCCAAACUCUUCUUCCGGUGCCGAAAAGCAGCAGACUACCAGCAGCAGCAGCAGCAGCAGUGAAAUCGGCCAAGCCUCGGCCCUCAAAAACGUCUACGCCUCCCUCGCCAAGGGGUUUGCCGCCCUCUCCCUCCUCUCCCUCUCUACCGCCCACUCCCUUCGCAUCCUCCCCUCCUUUCUCUCCUCUCUGGAACGCCUGGCCCCUUCGCGGUUGAACACCAUGACGCGGUACGUUACCACGUUGCCGCCCAAGGCAUACCGGUGGGUGAGGGAGAUGGAGGAGAUUAGCAAGACUUUUACCGACGAGGAAGUGGGAUGGGACGAGGACAAGGAGGAUGUGUUUAAGCAUGUGGCGGGGGUGUUUAGGUUUGUGGCGGACGAGACGGUUUUGGGGCAGGAGAAGGUGGGGAAGAGAAGGAGGGGGUUGGAUUUGGAGGAUUUGUGUCAGGCAAUGGGGGAGGGGUUAGAGGGGAGGAGGAAGAGGAGGGCAGUAGAGAAGGAAGGGGAGGCGUGUGAGAAAUGA